AUGUUUUUAUUUAUUUACCCAACUCAAGAUAGUACUGCUUCAAAUCAGAAAGAUAAAAUUCAAAAUGCAUUUUACGAUAAAAGAACCACUCUACGAACAGAAGGUUACAUUCAGAAAAAUGCAAGUGUUAUCAAUCAUAACAUUUUAUUCCAAAUUAUUCAAAAUCUUACAAACACCAAGGCUCCGAACUUAAAAUCAAACGUUUUCGAUAAAAUGCUGUCCGAUGAAAUGCUAUCUAUCAAGAGACAUUUUUAUGAUAAAGAUGUAAGAAGCACAACGUCUGUCACGACCCCUACUAAAAACAAUCCUCCCACUCCAACUUUAGAAUUGAAACAAAAAUGGCCUCUAAUAGGGUUCACUGAAAAGCCAGUUAAUAUAAUCAGGAAUGAAAACUCAUUGAAAACUAACAAUAAGAUUAGAAAGAUACUACCAGCUUUCAAAAUUGGCGAUAAAAGUGACAAUAUUGAGGAAGAAUUGCAGAACGUGGAGAAAACCAUAGAUAAAAACGAUAAAGUUUUGGGUUUGAGAAGCUUACCUGAAGUAAGGCAACCUUCUCACCGUAAUAUUUACCAACAAACGGAGUACAAGAUGUGUACAUGUAUGAAAACAAAUCCAUCUACUUGUAGUCACCGUUGUACUGGAGGCUCGACUGCUUGCUCUCACAGUACUCCCACUAGCAAUUGCCUUCAUUGUACACAAACAAUUCCACAAUAUACCGUUUCCCCUGUAUAUUAUCAGCCAUACUUUGUCGGUAUGACAACACAUGUACCGUAUAUAAACGCUUACUAUCAUCCCGAUGUGAUAAACGAGUUAAAAGUUCCAAGAAAACCGAAACAUAGAAAAACUACUACACCUCAUAUCGACAAAGAAUUAUAUUAUGACACCGAUGAUCCUAAUUCGGACCAGCAUAAAGAUAACUAUGAUGAAAAUUUAGAUUAUUAUGAAGAUGUAAGUAAACAUAAUAAAAAUGAAGAGAAAGAGCACACUAUAAAAUUACAUGCGGUUGAAAGAGAUGAAAAAGGGAAACGUAAACAUAAGCACAAAAAUUGCCAUGUGAAGGGUGACACUCGAAAAAAACUGGUUCAAGAUAUCUUUGAUGAUUUGAAGACUUAUUACAGUGAUUCUGUGAUAAAAGAUUGCUAUUGUACAUCCUCGUCUUCAUUGGUUGACAUCAAUAACUUUGUAUUGUUUGUUGCGUAUCUCUUAUGUGUGCUAUAAAUAAUUAUAAUCCAAUAAA